AUGAAGCGACCUACCUCCGCUUUCCUCGCCGACUCCACUGAAGAGCUCGACAACGGCUCCCAGUUCUCUCCCAGCCCGCCUCCAACCCCGUCUCCAGCGACCAAGAAGGCCAAAAAGUCCCCGGUGUCGCCCACCAAGUCGGCCGGUCCGUCAUCCAAGGGCAAGAAGGUCGAACCCCAGUCUCCCAAGGGCAAGUUGCUCGCUUACUUCCUCAAGACGGGUUUGAAGGCGGUGGACAAAGCGGAGGCAGAGCGUCUGAUCUGCAACAGCGGGUGGAUGGACCAAGUGGCAAGGAAUGUGGCUGACGUCAUGCAGACGGGUCUCAAGCCCGCUCAGCAACGGGAGCUCAUGCGGGAGGAUGGGAAGGGAGCUCUGUACAAUGCGCUGAUCAAGCUCGCGGAGGAUAUCAAGUAG